UUUGCACCGCAAUUUUAGUUUAAGCCACUGCCUUGACUUUUCCCCAAACACACUGUUCUUUUCAGCGAGUUCUCUAUCUAAUCUUCAACCAGGUGUGUUUAGGAAGAGAGAUCAAGAUGGGAUUUGUAAUGGAGUUUGCGGAGAAUUUGAUUCUGAAGUUGAUGGAGGACCCUAAGGAGAGGGAUAAGAAGUUUAGGGAGCAUUUGUAUGCGGUGAAGGAUCGCUGCGCCAAGACCAAGGAGAUGUGGAAUUACCCUCUUCGUCCAUAUGGGUUCUGGACCUUCGAGCAACACAAUGCUCAGCUGAGGAGGGAUGCACAGAUCAGCGAGGUGCUUGGUCGUAGGGAUGUUUAUGAUGAUGUCAUUCGCAAAGCCUUAGGACACUCAAUGAAUGAAUAAGAUGCAGAUAUCUCAUAUGCCAUCUGCAGAAAGAACUAAAGCCUUUCUGGAGGACGAUUACAAGAAGGUAUUUUCGCCUGUUAUUCUGUUGAAUUUUAGUUUUUAUGGUACAGGAGUAUCAUUUGGUUUGUAAUACUUGAAGGUGAAUUUGAAUAAAUAUCUAUGUAACUCUGGUGUUAUGAAACACACUUCCUUGGAAUGCUUAUCAUCUUUCCUGAUUUUACGGAAUGGUCUUAUAGCAAUUUCAUUGUUC